AUGUCAAAUCCACUCCCUAUUGAAAUAAAUUCUGAUUUUGAUGAAAUAAUUAAUUGCCUCCCCUAAAAUAGUGGAUCAACUGCUACUUAAACAGUUCUAAACAAUUCUAACAUUUCCUAAAUCUUGUCUUCUAAAUAAAUUGAUGAUUAAUUGAAUUAUGCAGGUAAUACUUAUAGAUAAUAAAAAGAUGAAGAAUUUGAUUAGCUCAAUGAAUAGAUGAAAAAUGUAUUACUAACUGAUAAUUUCAAACCUUCCUUGAUUUCUGCCUUUUAAGCUGAUAUGUAAAAUUAAAUAAUUUUAUUUUAAGGUCUUCUUAUAUUACACAUGAAAAAUUAACUAAAAAUUCUAGACGUAUGUAAUAAGAAUAUGAAAAUGCCAAUCCUAAAGAUAGAGAAUAUGUAUUUCUAACAUUUAUCAAUAAUAAUAUAAUAAACUUAAGUUUAGACAAAUAUAUGCACUAUAUAUUGGAAAAAAUCAUUGAGGUUGGUAAAGUUAUUAAAAUUAAAAUAGGCCCUCCCUUAUAUAGGAAUAAGAUUUUAGAUUAAAUAUUCAAUAGAAUAAAUAAAUUGAUUGUUGAUCUCUAUGCAUGUAAAGUGAUUUAAAAAGGAUUAGAAAUAAUGUCAUAAUCACCUAGAGAUUCAUAAAAUUAAUUUUAAAAAUAUGCCAAUUUUAUAUUGAAAGAUGAUAGUUUUAUUAAAAAAUUGUAUACAGAUAAAAUAGGGAAUUAAAUUUUUUAAAAAAGUCUAGAAGUAUUUGAUGGCAAUAAUUUAUAUUUACUUUUGCUUAUUUUAGAUAAAUAUGUAAUUUAUUUAAUUAAAUUUAUUAGAUAUUAAAUAUUAAUUCAAAAUAAAUUGAGCUUUCGACAGAUUAAUAUGGAUGUCUUAUAGUAAAUAAAAUAAUUGAUAUACUACCAAAACUAAUUGAUUAAGCUGGAAAAUAAGUUGCAAAUGAUAUAAUCAUGAGAAUUCUAUAAAAUUCUUCAUGUUUAGUAAGGAGACAAUAUUCUAAUUAUAUUAUCUAAUAAAUAUUAGAGAAAGGUUAAGAAUGUCAUAAAAGAAUCCUUCUUGAAUAAUAUCUAAUAAAAGACUUUGUAUCAAUGUCAAUGGAUAAAUAUGGUAGUAAUGUUGCUGAAAAAGCAAUCAUUCAUUCAGGACCUUAAUGGAGAUAAAAAUUAUGGGAAGAAGAAGUGGCAGUUUCAGAAGAGUAUUUAUAUUCUAUUAAUUUAGAUCUUUUCGUAAAUUAGUUAAUGAUUAGUUUGCCAAUUAUCCUAUCUAAAGAUUAUAUGAAUAUUUUACUUAAGAAUAUCGAACUGAAUUUCUAGGUUAUUUAUAAAAAUUAUACGAAAGUAGCUUUCUGAAUCAUCAUGGACUUAUUGUUUGGAAGUUUGCUAUAGUAAAUUUAAAUACAAAAAGAUUUGCAAAAAAACUGAAUUCUUAUGAAUAAUCGAAAACUUAUAAUUGUUUGGGAAAAAAUAAACAAAUUUCAUAAUAAACAAACUCAAAAAUAAACAAUAAUAAUCAAUAAUAAUAUUAAUAAUAUCAAUAAAUCAUACUUUAAUAAUAAUAAUUUAUGUGUAAUCUUUGGAUGCAAUAAUAAAAUUAUUAUCCUGAUGAUUAUUCAUCAUUUCAAACUUUUUUAUAGCAAAACUCGAUGAUAUUUAAUCAAUAAUAAUAAAUGUAGUCAUUAUAACUUUAUUCAUAAUCAAAGUAACUUUAACCUAAUUACUAAAAUUUUUAAUAAAAUGAUUCAAUAUAGAGGCAAAUGAUGAUUCAAAAUCAAUCUGACUGA